CUCUCGCGAUAACUAAGUCACACUCUCAGUCCAGCGGGAGAGACGAAGGUACAGAUGUGGUUGUUUUUGAGGGGAAGAUGCCUCAGAAAGCGUCGACUGCAGCCUCCUCUCUCGUGGCCCUUCAUUCAGAGUCACACAAACUGAGCAUCCUGAGCAAAUUCGACAAGCUCAGGAGAACGGAGCUGCUGUGCGACAUCACUCUGGUCGUGGAGGACGUACACUUCAAGGCACACAAAGCCCUGCUGGCAGCGAGCAGCGAGUACUUCUCCCUCAUGUUCACGGCGGAAGAUCAGAUCUGUCAGUCCACCUACCGGCUGGACGGCAUGGCGGCCAAGAUGUUUGCUGCGGUGCUGGAGUUCAUCUACAGCGCUCAGGUUUCCGUGGAGGAGGGCGCCACUGAGCAGCUGCUGGCCACGGCUCAGCUCAUGGAAGUCAACGACCUCGUGCAAGUCCUCACUGAGCUGACCCGCUCUGCAGCAGAGGUCAGAGGUGACGCCGUUAAAGUAGACAGAGCCGAGGCAGCAGAUCUGAUGAAACGCAAAAGAGGACGACCGAAGAAGAGCGUAGAUGCUCCUGGAACAGAGCAGGAAGCUAAAGUCGCACCCUGUGAGAGCUCAGAGGACAUUCAGGCUGGAGAUGAUGUGGAGUCCCAACCUAAAGAUGAUGCAGAUUACGACCCCAGACCGCAUCGGAGCCGCCAGAGCAAACGCAGAGUCAGACCACCGGUUAAAUACGAGGGCUUCAAGGUGGGCAGUGACGCAGCGGGAAGUAAAGAGCCUGGAAAGAGGGGCAGAAAGAGGAAAUACCCCAACACUGAGGCACGAUGCGAGGACUGUGGAAAAAUGUUCAAAAACACCCUGUUCCUGAAGAUUCACCAAAGAACCCACACAGGAGAGAAGCCUUUCCAGUGCCUGGUUUGUGGGAAGCGUUUCACCCAGAAACACACUCUGCUGGCUCAUCAGCGAAUGCACACUGGAGAAAAACCGUUCGUCUGCAGCAUCUGCUCCAAAGCUCUGUCCACCAAACACUCCCUGCAGGAGCACAUGAACCUCCAUGAAGGAGAGAAAUCUUUCAACUGUGAUAAAUGUGGAAAGACUUUUACUCAGAAGAAGCAACUAAAAAGCCAUUACAGAGUUCACACAGGUAAAUCGUUACCAGAAUGUGCUCAGUGUCAUCACAAGUUUAUGGACGCAGCUCAACUGAAAAAGCACCUGAGAACGCAUACAGGAGAGAAGCCUUUCACAUGUGAGAUCUGUGGAAAAUGUUUCACAGCCAAGAGUACACUGCAGACUCACAUCAGAAUACACAGAGGGGAGAAGCCGUAUGACUGCAACAUCUGCAACAAGUCCUUCUCAGACCCCAGCGCUAGACGGCGACAUGUUGCCUCCCACUCGGGGAAGAAACCCUUCACCUGCCCCUUCUGCAGCCUUUCAUUCACCCGCCUGGACAAUCUGAAAACACACACCAAAUCCCACAACAAGGAGCGGGCCGCCACAGCCGAGGCCUCGGUGGAUGCGGCGGACGCCUCGGCGGCACCGCAGGAGGAGGUCCGUAACAUCCUGCAGCUGCAGCAGUACCAGCUGCCGUCCAGCUCCGAGCAGGAGAUCCAGCUGGUGGUGACGGGCGACGUGGACAACAUCAACUUCCUGCCGGGUCAGGACCAGGAGAUCAGCCUCAUCAGCACGGACGGGGAAGUGGCGCAGUCGACCCACUCCAGACUCACCCUCCUCACCCAGCCCAAUGUGGCGCUGGUCGCUCAGGGCGACCAGGUGGACCAGACGCCUCAGAUUCACUCCAUCGGCGUGCUGCAGGGCCAGAUGUCGCACCAGGCGGAGCAGAUGCACGUCAUCACACUGAGUAAGGAGGCGAUGGAACACCUGCAGGCCCACCACGGUCCUCCGCAGCCCCUCCAGAUAUCACAGCGUCCCGUCCAGCAGCUGCAGGUGAUGCAUCAGCCCGCCCAGCAGCUGGAGACCAGAGAGCAGCACAGUCAGGCCAUUCACAUCAGCAGCCAGAGCAGCCAGCCCAUCUCCAUCAGCCAGACCAGCGAGCAGAUCUCCAGCCACCACAUCCAGGGACAGACGUUUCAGAUCCAGGCAGGAACCGUCUCCUACUUGUACACCACCGGACUGCAGCAGGAGAACUGAUUGUAGGCCGGAGAGCUGUGGACAUAAAUCUGAACUGAUGAAGCUGCUACUGUGCACACAAAGAAAGUCAUUAUCAGUGUUACUUUAGUAUUCAUUUUAUAUAUUUACACCAUUUACCAAAACAAGCUGUACAUUUUUGUUUUUAAUGUGUCUUUCCAUGGCUUCACUUCAUGUCAGUCCACUGUGUCAAUGUGCAUAAAAGGUCUAAGAUAUGCACAUAUAAACUACUGUUCAAAAGUUUAGGGUCACUUAGAAAUGUCCUUCAUUUUAAAAGAAAAACAUUUUUCCCCAAUGAAGAUAUCAUUAAAUGAAUGAUAAAUACAGUCGAGACAUAGUUAAUGUGGUAAAUGACUAUUCUAGCUGGAAUGUUUUUACGGAAUAUCUCCAUAGGGGUACAGAGGAACGUUUCCAGCAACCAUCACUCCUGUGUUCUAAUGCUACAUUGUGUUAGCUAAUGGUGUUGAAAGGCUCAUUAAUGAUUAGAAAACCCUUGUGCAGUUAUGUUAGCACAUGAAAAAAAGUGUGAGUUUUCAUAGAAAUUGUCUGGGUGGGUGACCCCAAACUUUUCAAUGGUAGUGUAUAUGAAUCUGACCAAUUCUGGAACUUUUACUGAUAUUUGAGAGCUACAAAUCAGUUACCAAUAUUAUUUUUGGUAUGUAAAGGAUAUUGUGAGGAAAGUAUUCUUCAAAAAAAUGAUUGCCAUGACCUUUAGGGGGUUCUGUAGAUAAAAACUGUAUAUUGCCAUGUUAUUUUCUGCCACACUGGAACAAGAAAAAUAUAUCAUUUUUUGCAGUUUAUUGUUACAAAUUAUGCUGCUUUAACAUGAAACUUUAAAUGAGGAAAUGGGCACAGAGAAGAAAUAAAUUGAAUAUGGAAAGAACAUCAAAUGUUUAUUGUUGUAAGGAGAUGUUUUUGUCAUCAUUAUGACAUACAAACUUAUAAGAAGAAACGUUUUGUAACAAUUUACCAUUUAUCCCGUGAUAUGAGAACUUUAAUGUAAUAACACAGAGGAUGGAAUAUUUGUUGUGUUCUUUCCUGUUUGGGUUUAAACUUGGCUAGAUUCUGCUUUUAUUGACUAUGAUGGACAAUAUUUUGAUAAGCAUGCAUGCACAAAGAAGAAUUUUAAAAUGCAUCAGGUUGUACUGAGUCUGAAGGCUCCAUGGAUACAAGAUUAAUCACAAUAUCAUCCAAUACAAUCAAUAACAGCAGAAUCUGUUAUUCCAGGUAUUAUAGUAAACCUAAUCAAAUCAUGUAAACAAGCAAUUUUAGUCAAUGUAUCCAUUUUCUGUGAUAUUACAACAAGAUAAAUGAUAUUGUUACACCAAAAAAAGUCAUCAAAAAGUUUGGAUGUCAUUUUAUUGUUAAAAACAUAUCUUAACAAGUUUCUUUUUCAAUUGUGGCCACAAUACACUGCUGUAACUUUCAACUGAUAGAAAUUAUUCAGUUUUACACAAUAAGAGGGACUGAAAUAUGGUACAAAGCAACAUUACGAGGCUGCGCUGCAUUUUUUUAAAGGACGAUACACGCUCUGAAAUACUGUGAAUUUACUGGACAAUAAAAUGCCUUGUUGAAUGAAAAUGA